AUGGCCCUGCGCUACGGCCCCGUGGCGCUGCUCCUCGGCUUUGGCCUCCUCGGGCUGUGCUCAGGAGUCUGGGGUACGGACACGGAGGAGCGGCUGGUGGAGCAUCUCCUGGAUCCUUCCCGCUACAACAAGCUUAUCCGCCCAGCCACCAACGGCUCUGAGCUGGUGACAGUACAGCUCAUGGUAUCACUGGCCCAGCUCAUCAGUGUGCAUGAGCGGGAGCAGGUCAUGACCACCAAUGUCUGGCUGACCCAGGAGUGGGAGGAUUAUCGCCUCACCUGGAAGCCUGAGGAGUUUGACAACAUGAAGAAAGUUCGGCUCCCUUCCAAACACAUCUGGCUCCCAGAUGUGGUCCUAUACAACAAUGCUGACGGCAUGUACGAGGUGUCCUUCUACUCCAAUGCCGUGGUCUCCUAUGACGGCAGCAUCUUCUGGUUGCCGCCUGCCAUCUACAAGAGCGCAUGCAAGAUUGAAGUAAAGCACUUCCCAUUUGACCAGCAGAACUGCACCAUGAAGUUCCGCUCGUGGACCUACGACCGCACCGAGAUUGACCUGGUGCUCAAGAGUGACGUGGCCAGCCUGGAUGACUUCACGCCCAGUGGUGAGUGGGACAUUGUGGCGCUGCCAGGCCGGCGCAAUGAGAACCCGGAGGACUCCACUUAUGUGGACAUCACGUACGACUUCAUCAUCCGCCGCAAGCCACUCUUUUACACCAUCAAUCUCAUCAUCCCCUGCGUGCUUAUCACCUCACUAGCCAUCCUUGUCUUCUACCUGCCGUCCGACUGCGGUGAGAAGAUGACGCUGUGCAUCUCUGUGCUGCUGGCGCUCACCGUCUUCCUACUGCUCAUCUCCAAGAUCGUGCCGCCCACCUCCCUCGACGUGCCGCUUGUCGGCAAGUACCUCAUGUUCACCAUGGUGCUCGUCACCUUCUCCAUCGUCACCAGCGUGUGCGUGCUCAACGUGCACCACCGCUCGCCCACCACGCACACGAUGGCUCCCUGGGUCAAGGUCGUCUUCCUGGAGAAGCUGCCCACGCUGCUCUUCAUGCAGCAGCCGCGCCACCGCUGCGCCCGCCAACGCCUGCGCCUGCGGCGGCGCCAGCGCGAGCGCGAGGGCGCGGGUACCCUGUUCUUCCGCGAAGCCCCGGGGGCCGACUCCUGCACCUGCUUCGUCAACCGCGCCUCGGUCCAGGGCCUGGCCGGGGCCUUCGGGGCUGAGCCCGCGCCGGCAGCCGGCCCCGGGCGCUCCGGGGGGCCGUGUGGCUGCGGCCUCCGGGAGGCGGUGGACGGCGUGCGCUUCAUUGCGGACCACAUGCGGAGUGAGGACGACGACCAGAGCGUGAGCGAGGACUGGAAGUAUGUCGCCAUGGUGAUCGACCGCCUGUUCCUUUGGAUCUUUGUCUUCGUCUGUGUCUUUGGCACCAUCGGCAUGUUCCUGCAGCCUCUGUUCCAGAACUACACCACUGCCACCUUCCUCCAUGCAGACCACUCGGCUCCCAGCUCCAAGUGA